GUCACAAUCCAAUUACAGAUUUCUAAUACCCAUAGGAACAAAAGGAAAAAAUUUCCUUCUUGUUCUUUAUUGUUCUGAAAAUUACUUGUUCGGUUCCACCGUCAUUUUGAGGCUGUUCUUGCUUCUAUCCUCUUCCAUUUCUUCAAUCCUUGGCCACAAUCAAACCCUAGAUUUUGAUCUCAGUGAAGAAGAAGAAGAAGAAGAAGAAGAAUUAGCCCUGUUCGGGGACUGGUUCAAGAAACAACGAAUUUUGUUGAGCAUGUCAUUGGCUCAAUGCGACUCCAUUCUUUGUCCAGUGAUUCCCCCAUUUCUUCUCCCAUUUCUUCUCCCGUUUCUUCUCCCAACUCCAAUCCCAAAUCCCCUGUUUCUAAUUUAAUUGACCUCACCUUGCUGCUCUCCGACGAGCUUCUUCUUCGCGUUCUCUCCAAAUUGCCAGAUUCCCAACGGAACUCCAAUUUCCUUGUCUGUAAGCGCUGGCUUCACCUUCAGGGUCGCCUUGUACGGUCCCUCAGGGUUACGGAUUUUGAUUUUCUUCUCUCGGGUAGGUUGUUUUUUAGGUUUCCUAAACUCAAUCAUGUGGAUUUGGUUUCUGGAUGUUGGGUUUCGUCUAGGAAUUCGAGUAUUUUGUUGAGCCAUGGGGUUCUUUCGAUGCAUAUUGAUCCUUGGUUCUUGCCCUCUUUGAAUGUCGGUGAGAAGGCUGUACUGGAAAAUGAGUUGAUUGAUAGAGGGCUGAAGGGUUUGGCGAGUGGUUGCCCGGACUUACGGAAAUUGGGGCUUGUUGGUGGGAGUGAAUUGGGGUUGUUGAAUGUAGCUAAGGAAUGUGAGCUUUUGCAAGAACUUGAGCUCCAUAAGUGCAGUGAUUCCAUGCUCCAAGGAAUUGCGGCGUUUAAGAAUCUUCAAAUACUCAAGUUAGUAGGAAACAUUGAUGGGUUCUAUAGUUCUGUGGUGACUGACAUCGGGCUGACGAUUUUAGCUCGAGGCUGUCGACGAUUGGUGAAGCUCGAGCUUAGUGGGUGUGAGGGGAGUUUUGAUGGGAUUAAGGCAAUUGGGCAAUGCUGCCAAAUGUUGGAGGAAUUAACGCUUUGUGAUCAUAGAAUGGACGAUGGAUGGUUGGCUGGGCUUCCAUACUGCGAGAACUUGAAGACUCUGAAGAUCAUGUCAUGUAAGAGGAUAGAUGCAAAUCCUGGCCCUGAUGAAUAUUUGAGCUCGUGCCCUGCUCUUGAGAGCCUGCAUUUGCAGAAUUCUCAAUUGCGGGAUAAAGCAAGUGUAAGAGCUUUAUUCAUGACAUGUGGGGCUGCAAGGGAGAUCUUGAUCCGGGACUGCUGGGGAUUGGAUGAUGACAUGUUCAGCUUUGCAAAUAACUGCUGGAGGGUGAAGUUACUUUUGCUUGAAGGAUGUUCGUUGUUAACGACCGAAGGCUUGGAGUCGGUCGUUCUUCAGUGGAAGGAGCUUCAAAGCCUCGAAGUAGUAUCGUGUAAGAAUAUAGAAGAUAGCUGCAUCUCUCCUGCUCUUUCUGAAGUCUUCUCUGUUCUUAAGAAUUUGAAAUGGAGGCCAGAUACCAAAUCGCUUCUCUCGUCGAGUCUGGUCGGGACUUGUAUGGGUAAGAAAGGUGGGAGAUUUUUCUAGCAAACAUGAGAAUGAACUGAUCCACGCUGCCCGCCCACAAUCUUCAUGAAGUAGCUACUUUGAAUUGUUAGCUCGAACACACUUACGGUAGACGUUUAUAAUGAAGCUAGGUGGUUAGAAUAGACGGUUAAUAAAGGAAAAAUACAUUUUAGUUUCCAGUGCCACUUAGUUUAGAGACUAACCUGACCCAGUUCACCCAUUUGCCAGAAUUUUGAUUUCCUAGAGCGUUAAGUAGCUUAGUUUAGCUACGUUAUUAUAUGCUUUAGCAAUGCUAUAUGGCAAUUAUUGUACUUGGGGUAUUAGUUCAUUUGUAAAGAAUUGUUCUUAAUGCACAAAUGCAAUGAUUGGUCCUCUUUGAAACAACA